CUGACUCGCCUCCAUGCGGUCCUUCUUUGUUUUAAUUAUUGGUUCCUGAAAUCUCCCAUCCCGGGAGAGGCAGAGACCGCCAGCCGCCGACAAAACUGAAAGACGGCCGCCUUUUCCUCCCGCCGGUUGCCAGGAGGAAGAACCUGGGCACCAGAGAAUAUAGAGGAAGACUGAUUCAGCCGGCACUUGACCUUUCUUUGUGACCAGUAAACAGUAUUGAUGCCAUUCAUAUAAGAAACGUGGACCUUAGAUAGCAAGGAAAAAAAGAGAUAAUUUUAUCCACACUCAGAACGGAAACACCUAUUAAAGACAGUCCCUCAUUUUAGAACCACGCCAUACCUGAGCGAUAGAUGAAUGGCAAAUUCUAGACUGCCAUAUAUCUGAUAAAAUCAGUGUGAAGUCAGUAAUAGUGAACUUCCAUAGAGCUUCAAAGUUUCCCUGGAAUCUAAAAUGGCAAAAGAAAGUCAACAUCAGGCCCUGGCGGCCCUGCCAGGUACCACGGCGAUAGUAAAUAACGUCACAGAACCAUCAAUUCCUGGAGGAAAGGGAGGACCAAAAGAAGAUGCAUUUUCAAAGUUAAAGGAAAAAUUUAUGAAUGAACUGAACAAAAUUCCACUGCCACCUUGGGCCUUAAUAGCCAUAGCCAUCGUUGCAAUUCUGCUAGUCCUUACCUGCUGCUUCUGUCUGUGUAAGAAAUGCUUGUUCAAAAAGAAAAACAAGAAGAAGGGCAAAGAAAAGGGAGGGAAAAAUGCGAUUAACAUGAAAGAUGUGAAAGAUUUAGGCAAGAACUUGAAAGAUCAGGCACUUAAGGAUGAUGAUGCUGAAACUGGAUUGACUGAUGGAGAAGAGAAGGAAGAAGUUAAAGAAGAAGAGAAAUUAGGAAAAAUCCAGUAUUCUUUGGAUUAUGACUUUCAAAAUAAUCAGCUUCUGGUAGGGAUUAUUCAAGCUGCCGAACUGCCUGCUUUGGAUAUGGGUGGUACGUCUGAUCCCUACGUGAAGGUUUUUCUGCUUCCUGAUAAGAAGAAGAAAUAUGAAACAAAAGUUCACAGGAAGACUCUUAAUCCUGUCUUCAAUGAGCAGUUUACAUUCAAGGUUCCAUAUUCUGAACUUGGAGGAAAAACCUUAGUGAUGGCAGUAUAUGACUUUGAUCGUUUCUCCAAACAUGAUAUAAUUGGAGAGUACAAGGUGCCAAUGAACACUGUGGAUUUUGGUCAUGUAACUGAGGAGUGGCGGGAUUUGCAAAGUGCUGAAAAAGAAGAGCAAGAGAAGCUAGGUGACAUCUGCUUCUCUCUCCGCUAUGUGCCUACCGCUGGCAAGCUGACUGUUGUCAUCCUAGAAGCAAAGAAUCUGAAGAAGAUGGAUGUGGGAGGCUUAUCAGAUCCCUAUGUGAAGAUUCAUCUGAUGCAGAAUGGCAAACGGCUGAAGAAGAAAAAGACAACAAUUAAGAAGAAUACUCUGAAUCCCUAUUAUAACGAAUCUUUCAGCUUUGAAGUGCCGUUUGAGCAAAUCCAGAAAGUGCAAGUUGUUGUGACUGUUUUGGACUAUGACAAGAUUGGCAAGAAUGAUGCCAUCGGGAAAGUAUUUGUGGGCUACAACAGCACCGGCGCGGAGCUGCGACAUUGGUCAGACAUGUUGGCCAACCCAAGGCGACCCAUUGCUCAGUGGCACACCUUACAGCCAGAGGAAGAGGUAGACGCCAUGCUCGCCGUCAAGAAGUAAAGAGGAAAUGGAAUGAGAAAAGAAGCCUUUCUGCAUUUGCCCAUAUAGUGCUCUUUAGCCAGUAUCUGUAAAUACCUCAGUAAUAUGGGUCCGUUUAUUUCCAGCCAUGCAUCCCUAACACAGAUCAGUGGUACUUCAAAUCUUGUUUUAUUUGCACAACUUUAAAUGUAGAAAGCCCUAUAAGGUCCUCCAUCUCACCACUGCCCUCAGAUCUACUUCUUCUUUUAAGCAAUAUGUGUAGAUAGAGCAUGACAGAAAUUAUUUAUUGUAUCACACAGUUGUACAUACCAGUAUGCUAAAAAUUUAUUUCUAGUCUGUUUCUUUGUAUGUUGUAAGCGUUUCCUAAUCUGUGUAUAUCUAGAUGUUUUUAAUAAGAUGUUAUAUUUUAAAUUAUGUAAAUUGACUGAGAUAUAGGAGAGCUGAUAAUAUAUUAUUGGGUAUCUAUCGUAUCGUCUGCAUUCCAGCAAAAAUUCCAACUUGUAAGGCACUAGUAGUGUUACACUGACAUCUUAAAGGACAACUUAAAUCUGAGCUUUCAACUGAAUCAUUACAAUACCAAAAUAUGCUCACACGGCGCUCCUGGAAGGGGUGAAUCCCACUGGUAGUUCUCUCUUGUGGGCAACUUAGCAUGAUCUGAGCAGCUCCACAGCUGACCUCAAGGAAGCGUAGCCAAAAGCCAGUAUGUCAUUUUUUUUCCUGUGUAUAUAUAAAAACAAAAGCAAAGCAUGGCUUUUCACUUAGACGUUAAAGGCGCAAUUCCUUGGGGAGGGAGCAUGAAUACAUAGCAACGUAUAAAUUGGGGAGGGGACAAAUCAAAAGGUUUGGGAUGCAGUAGUAGCAAACCCCUGCAACUUACCAUGGCAAACACAUACCUAAAACCCGGUAGCUCUCCGUUAUCAGCUUUAUACAAAAUUUACAUACUGUGAAUCCCAUUUGUGAUUUCACAUUCUCUAAUUCUAAUGAGUUUGCACAUUAGACUUUGUAACAAAAUAUUUUAUUAUACUAAGCCAGAUGAGAAGGAAUGCAGAAAUAUUUUUUAAAACAAAAAUCACAGCCGUGUGUGUUUAUUAUACAAAAGUAGUUUCAUGGUGAUGAGACAGUAUUGUAAAAUCCCAUCAAAAGAUGACAAAAAAUUUAGCCAUAUUUCUGAAUGCACUUCAAAGCAAGCCAAAAGAUAACAGCUAGUGACCUUUUAUAUACUAUUUAUACGUAAUAAGUUUUAAUUUGUCCUUUAAAAAAAGUGAAACAAAACAAAGAACAAGUUCUAGCAAACUGAAGCAACCUCUUAUGUACACUAGAUGCUCGUUUCAGGAGGAGUUUUUAAAUGUUUUCAAUGUUACUAUGUAGUAAAUGGCACUAUUAUGAAGCUAUUAGUCAUUCCAUAAGCGUCUUAAAAGACUGCUCUGUGUAUCACUGUGAAUGCCGUGUGUGCUUAGAAACUGUAGUUUUCUCAGUGGAUAGCAAUCAAUUUAUUCCGUAGUGAUAUUGUAAAAAUACUGCCAUUCCCUUCUACUGCACUGCCGAAGGAGUGCAUAGCACAAGUAGUUCUCAUACUUAUGGACCAAUUCAGAACUGGAGAGCUAUGCAUAGGACAAGGGCAUCAUAUAGAACAGACUGACCACACAGCAUUUUGUCAACACUGUGCAAUAUUUCUCAUCUCCCUAUUUUGAUAGUAAAGGGCUGCCCGAGAGAUAAGGCAGCCCAUCCUUUCAUAGUAUAUCAUUUUUCUGUGUCAUGUGCGGGCAUUACUCGUUCAAGCCUCCUCCUUGGAGACUACAUUCAUAAUUAAUGUAUUUUAUUUAUUUAUUUAUUUAUUUAUUUACUUGCUUGCUUAAAAGGCUGUGAAUUCAUUGUAAUAUAUUGGAAAUACUGAAUCUGUUUUCGUUAUCACCCAGAACCAAAAAUGCAAAGAAAAUAUUUUCUGUCCCCCACAAAGCAUCCUUUGGUAGGAAAAUUGAGAUUGCUCUAGAAGUAAAUUUGAUGAUGCAAGACUAUUAUUUGAAACCCCAGAAAUAUCAACUAACCAUGUUGGAAUAAUGAAUUUCCUUUCUCAGAGCUGUGCAUCUGCACUUUGCCCCGACAAGUGGAAAAGUUUUAAAAUGUCACAAAUGGAACUUGUGGCAACAAAUUUCUGCUUUCUACGUAGCAUCCUGAAACACAGGUUGUGACACCUAUCAGGUCUUUCUAUUUUCUAUACUAUCAGAAAGGGCAAAUUAAGUCAGAGACACCGAGGUGUAUAUAAGCAAAUCCAACAAGAAUGGUACAUAUUUUUUUCAAGGACUAAAUCUCACCAAAGACACGAACUAAACACAGGCAUGCAGCCUAUGAGGGAAGACUGUCAGGUCUAGCGUACAAUCCUUUAGUUCAUCAUCCUUACAGGGACAAAGCAAACAAACAUAAAGACCACAUCUUGAAAUGUAUAUGUUGAAACUGCCAGAACAGAUUCAUUGUGUUAAGAUAUUCUUAAUACAUUAUCUUUUUACACUGCCAGACUGAAUAUCACCACAGAACUGGUUGGCAAUGUGUGAUGAUUCUCAAACAGGAGAUCUGUUAUUUGACCAAGCUGACAUUUCAUCCUCAAAGAAGCCACAUGUACCUUCCUGACAAAGCUGUGUAAAAGUAUUAGAAUCUGAUGCUGUAGAAAGAUCCUAGUUGCCUUUGUGUAUAUUUACUGCCUGCUUGAGUGUUUCUAUGUGUGGGUUUUUCUCUGUAUCUCGUAGAAACGUUUGGGGUGUUCUAUCCUGCCAUAUUGCUCGUGGCCCGCGAGCUGACAAGUUUAGCUGUACUUAACAUUCAGUUUUGAUGAGGUGGUUUAUAUUUUGUUUCACUUUUGUGUAGUGAAUCCCACAGUAGAUUUUUCCAGGUGUCGUUAAAAUAAAACAUACAUAUUACACAGAUA